GCCGCGCGCCCCCUCCCCGCGCCCCGCCAGCUGCGAGUCUCGGCUCCCGGAUUUGUCGCGUCCGAGAAAUCGCUCCCCCGCGUCGCCCUCCCGCCCGGGGGUCCCCACUCGGAGCUCACCGGGCUCCCCGUGGCCGCGGUCCCUCCACCCCCAGGGGCGCGCACAGGUGUGAGCGAGCGAGGCUUUGUAGAGGGAUUUUUGUUCACUUCGAAACUGGAACCCGGACGCCCGGGCGGCGUGGGCACUGUGCCUUUGACCCUCCCUUUCCGCGGCCGCAGAUCCGAGUUGUCUGGCCUCAGUUUCCCUCCGACUCCCCCACCCCCCGGCUGCCCGUCAUUGUUCUCGCUGCCCAAUGAGGGUGCUUUGUGAAGGCUGCGGGAUUGGGGUGUAGUCUCUUUAUCCCGGUUUUCAAACAAAACAAGGCCCUUAAGGCUGACCCAGGACAACCCACCCCUGGGCCCCCACUUCAGGUUGAUGCACUGAUUUUUUUUUCUUACCAAGUAGUAUUUCAUUGUACAAGAGCCACGCCCUGGUUUCUUAAAGGCGCCCUACCCUCUGUUUGGCCAUGUGUUAUUUCUGCAGCUAGUGUGUGGGAGGCCUCUUGUGAACCACCUAUUUUUCCCGCCUCCUGAUACCUCCUCCCACCGGCGCCGAGGAUUUAGGAAUGCCAGGAGGGAAGAAGGUGAUUGGGGGUGGCAGCAGCUGUGCUGCCCCAACUGCUGCUGCCACUGUCACCGCCCCUACUGGGGUCAGGCGUUUGGAGACCAGCGAAGGGGCCUCUGCCCAGAGAGAUGAUGAGCCAGAAGAGGAAGGGGAAGAGGACCUGCGAGAUGGAGGCGUCCCUUUCUUCGUCAACCGGGGUGGGCUGCCUGUGGACGAAGCCACCUGGGAAAGGAUGUGGAAGCAUGUAGCCAAGAUCCACCCUGAUGGAGAGAAAGUGGCGCAGCGGAUCCGUGGAGCAACGGACCUGCCCAAGAUCCCCGUACCGAGUGUGCCUACUUUCCAGCCCUCCACUCCCGUCCCCGAGCGCCUGGAAGCCGUGCAGCGCUACAUCAGGGAGCUGCAGUACAAUCACACAGGGACACAGUUCUUUGAAAUUAAGAAGAGCAGACCUCUGACAGGGCUGAUGGACCUGGCCAAGGAAAUGACCAAAGAGGCUCUGCCAAUCAAAUGCCUGGAAGCCGUGAUCCUAGGAAUUUACCUCACCAACAGCAUGCCCGCCCUGGAACGCUUCCCCAUCAGCUUCAAGACCUACUUCUCAGGGAACUACUUCCGCCACAUCGUGCUGGGGGUGAACUUCGGGGGCCGCUACGGGGCCCUGGGCAUGAGCCGGCGGGAGGACCUGAUGUACAAGCCGCCGGCCUUCCGCACGCUCAGCGAGCUCGUGCUCGACUACGAGGCCGCCUACGGCCGCUGCUGGCACGCGCUCAAGAAGGUGAAGCUGGGCCAGUGCGUGUCCCACGACCCGCACAGCGUGGAGCAGAUCGAGUGGAAGCACUCGGUCCUGGACGUGGAGAAGCUGGGCCGCGACGACUUCCGCAAGGAGCUGGAGCGCCACGCCCGCGACCUGAGGCUCAAGAUUGGCAAAGGGACCGGCCCACCCUCUCCCACCAAGGACCGGAAGAAGGAUGUGUCCUCCCCGCAGCGGGCCCAGUCCAGCCCACACCGCAGGAACAGCCGCAGCGAGAGACGGCCCUCGGGUGACAAGAAGCCUUCAGAGCCCAAAGCCAUGCCAGACCUCAACGGGUACCAGAUCCGAGUCUGAGGCACAAGCAGCACCCCAGCCCCUGCUUCUGGAGACUAUGAUCCACCUGCUGGAACUGGCCUUGCUCCAGGGAAGGGGUUGUGGGGGCAGGCUGCAGGUUGCAGGAAGGGUGCCUUGUGGCUCCGCCCCACUCUGCUGCCCCUGCCACUGAGCCAAGUCCCUAACUUUGGGUCAAGAAGACAGUUAGUAUUUUAUUUGGAGUCUUUGGCUCUACGACUGACGUUUAAGGUAUUUAGGGGAAAAAGACAAUGACAAAUGGAUGUGCUGGUGGCUGGAAGGGCAGCGCUCAGGGGCCUGAGAGCCGCGGGGCUGGGGGAGGAUGGCUUGCUGGUUCCCCAGUGACUUUACUCCCAGUGGCUCUCUGGGAUUUGGGUGCAUCCUGUAGAUGGGAAAUUUCUCAGCCCCACCAGCCUGUGUGGGUUGAGAGGAUGAGGUGUUCUGCAGUUGGGACUGUCCUGGCAGAAACUUGACCCAGGGAAAGGGAAGCAGGGUAGACUCAUCCUGAGAAAGGUCUGUGCAGCCCAUAAAUCAGGAGCUGGGCUCAGGCCGCAUCUGCCUAAGAGCAGGAGCUGGUGGCCCAGAAGAGCCCUUGGCCCUUGUGGCCCCAUAGGCACACCAUGUGGGCCUGAGCUAAAGCUAGCAGGGGUUGGGCUGGAGGAGAACCAGAAGAGGGCCCUGGGCAGAGGAGAGGUCACGGGCCAGCAGCGGGUCCACAUGCGCAGCCCCGCCUCGCCUGUUACUGCAGCCUGGGGGCUCCCAGCAGAGGGUGUGGACUUUGUGGAGGGCCCAGAAUGACACUGGGGUCGGUCAGCAUGGCUGUGGGACUGAGCAGACCUGGGUUCCAGUCCUGGCUGAGGUGGGCAUGGGGUGGGACUUCAGGCCUGGGUCCUUCCCCUGGCUCUUCUGGGAGUGGCCUCUGCUGUGUCCCCUUUCUAAAACUUCAGCCCUUGCAGGGGAAAUCAAGACCAGACCAGCAGAGCUGUGCCCCAGGCCCACAUCCCCUCCGUUAGCAGCCCCUUUAGGCUCGUGGGUUAGAGGGACAAAGGGGCCUGCCACAGUUAGUGAUUCCUCGGGGCGCUAGUAGAGAAGAAGCCAAGUACCUGGAGUCGUGCACAUUUUGCCCAUCAUCCAUGAGACCCCUGGCAGGGAAGAGAAAGCAUGCGGAAAUGUUGGCAGAGCUGGGAGAAGGUUCUGGAAGUUCAAAUAAGAAGGUGUAGGGCAAAGGGCAGUUGGACCACUAAGAAGGGACAGAGCCCGAGACCUGGGGGUGUAAGUGAGGAAGGGAUGUGGGAGGAAGUUUACGAUCAGGCUGCCUUGGGGAGGGGUGAGUUCCCCAGCACAGAGGGCUUCUUGUCAGGAAGCUGGAGAGAGGAUGAGGUUAUAGAAGGGCAACUUGAUGUGGCGAUCGUUAAGGUUUUACUGAGAGGCUGUGUUGACCUGGGGCAGCCUUCAGUGAGGCUGCAGAGGAGCUGUGGGCCUGGGCAGGGGAGCAGCAGAACUGGGGUUGUAAACUCAAAUGUCCACAGGGCCAGCAAGUGACAAACGGGAGGGCUGCAUGGGGACCGUGGCACACUGUGGGCUGCUGCUGCUCAGCUCUCCUCACAGUGCAGGCCCUGUGGGGCCAGAUUGUGUUUUAGAGACCAGAACCCUGAAUCUGGAUGAGAAAUCUGAUUUUUAAAGGUUGGCAAAUCAGGUCAAGAAAUUUAAAUGCCAGUUUAUGCAAAAGAGUACGUUUGCCUCCUCUGCAGUCAAGAGCUUGUGCUGGCUAGGAGUCCAAGGGAUGCUUUAGAGUGGGAAGGUCCGGGUUUUUCAGAGGAGAUUCCUCCAGAGUCGAGUCUCAGCAGCAGAGACACCCACCCCACACACACUCCCACCAGGGAGCCACCCUGAGCUCAUCUUUGCUGUCCCUGCAGACAGGCUGGAGACCUGGGUAGGUGGCACCCAGCCUGCCAGGAGAAGGGCUGGUGCCUGGAAGCAGAGAGAGAGAGAGAGAAGGAGGGCAGAGCCUGCAGGGAAGGCCCCAGAGGCUGCCUCUCAUCCACCCUGCAGCUCAGGGCCCAGAGCCAGGCCCGACGCACCCGAGGAGGCCAGCCGGUCACUCCCAGUUGGGAGCCUCACCAGGUUCUUCUUAGGGUCAGUGGGCCCUAGGGAGGUGCCCACUUUGCCCCCAGGCCACAUCCCUGGCCAGACCAGUGAGAUGGUCAUGGUGAUCCCUGGCUCACUGGCCAAUCUCAGCUCUCAGGGAGUGGGGAUUGUGGUCCCCAUGUUCCUCCCUUCCCCAAGAUAGAGAUGGCUCACCUCAGGAAAGGUGAGGCUGAAACAAGGUCCUUUCUGGGUCUGGUUGUGGCUGCUCAUCAGCAGGGAAGAAGCCCCAGAUGCUUCUGGCGACUUCCCAGAAAUGACAGGGUAUAGGGCGAAGAGAUGCAAGAGGGAGCUGGGAGCCAGAGUCAGGUAGACAGAGGAAACUGCUCCUAGUUCCUAGGACACUCUGACCCACAGGCUCUCUCCUGGGGAAGCUUGGGAGGAGGAAGCAGAGUGGAACCCUUACCCUGCUUGCUCUCUGCUGACCCCCAUCUGCAAUCCCUGGCACUCACCCCUCCUGAGCUGAGACCUCAGGCCUGUGGAGACCACCACAGGACACAGUGGUGCUUUUGAAUUUGUUUUUAACUGUUUCCCGUAUGUAGCAACCCCUCCUCCCCCCGGGCUGUUUACACAGGCUGUACUCUCCGGGGCUGGCCUGACUGUGAGGUUUCUGGGGAGACAGAGAGGCAGGGACUUUGGGGCCUUAGUCACCUUCCAUGGUGUCACCUCAUUACACUGCCUGUGAGGGACGGGGCCUGGCUGAUGUGACCCCAGCUCCUCUGCCCUGGUGCAAACUGCUGGCUAAGGAGGGGUCAUGGUGAGGUCAGAGAAAGCUGCUUGGUGGAGGAGGCCUGGGGUAGGGGUGAUUACAGGGCCUCCCAAAGCCUGGCUCCUUGUGCCAGGUGCCAGGGCGGGAACACCAGGAAGCUGGCUUCAGAGCCUUCCCAUCCACCAACUGCCAAUCCUCUCCCUCUGUGGCCUCACCACAUUCUCAUACCCCUCGCCCGCCACUCCAGCAGCCCGUGCUCACGUGGGCACGGCCAAGUGCAGAGAGCAGCAGCCCUGUGGCCCCAGGAUGAGGUGAUGCAGCCAAGGGCCAGGGCACUGAUUUUCAGAAAGAGCCAAGACGUCGACAUGUCUGUUUCUAGCCUUUCUGUCCUCUCUGCCCCCACCUCCUAGAGCACGGUCUGGCUCUGGGAGUCAGUCUGACGCUGGCUGGUGAGUGCCCAGGGGCCCCUGUGCGUGUGUGCCAUGGCAGGCCACCACCUGCACUGUGUCCCUGACCUUGGAGAGCAGGGGAGUGCCAGGCCCAACAGGCUGAUGGGUGAAGGGCAGGAGGCCUCCUGUAGAGGACUGCGGGGGAGCACACUCCUGCCAGGGACCAGCCUCCUACCAGGCUCUCGGGCCAGGCAGGGCUGCGUGGUGCUAGCUGCAAGUCCACUGGGGUGACCCUCUCGCUCCAUGUUGGUGCUCCGUGGUCCCCUUUUAGUUCCUGCCUGAUAAAAAGGAGAGCUGGGCCUCCAGAGCUGGGCCUGGCCCGUGGGCCCUGUGAUGACCAGCUGCCCUCCCCAGGCUGUGACGUGUGGUCCUCAUGUUGUCCUUCCUUUGCUCAUAUCAGUAUUGCCCUUCCUUUCACCUUGACACUUCAUCUCAUUCCUGUUCUCACUUUCCCCCUGAAACAAAUAAAGUCUCCCCAGCUUGUUGUGUGGGCUGGGCAGAAAUCACAACAA